AUGGGCUGGCCUGCCAGCGUCGGGCUGUGGCACGGCUACAACAUAGCGAUGCUGCUUCUGGGCCUCCUGGACAUCUAUUCGGACACGGCCUUUGCUGGCAUCAUGAGCUUCGGAGGUACCGACAUGUGUUCGGCCGGACGCACCGCCUCCCUGUGGAAGUACUGGUGGCAGCACAGCGCACUUGGCUUCCUUCCUAUUGCAGCUCCCGCACUCGAUACGCUGAUCCUAGCUUCCUGGGCACUGAUGCUGCUGCAGCAGCUGCUUCCCCUGGCCACCAUGGUCAGGAAGGAGCGCGUGAGCUACGAGCAGGGGGCCGAUGGAAAGGCAACCUCCGCCCUGGCGUGUGAUCCUCUCUUCAACGACGAUGUGUUCUUCGAGCUCUCGGAAGCUGCGUGCUUCCAGUCCAUCGUCGAGAUCUCAACGGAUCACGCGAUCUGCCAAAUGGAGCGGCUGGUUCUGGAGGGAAGGCACUGGAAGAACUCUGGGGAGACCGCCAGCAUCCUUGUGAGAAGGAUCAUGGGUUAUGGCAGGCCCCUUUGCAACCGGCUGAUGAAGCGCUUCCUCCUGUCCUAUGUUCUCGAGAUGCUUAGCGCACUGAGCAGCCUCUUUGUGAACUGCAUUCAACUCAACUUGCAAGCUUACACUCUGGCCAUCAACCAGUACCAGGCCAAGCACCUGGCGGUCCUCCCACGCUUCUCACUGGUGGUUGGCAUGCUGAUGGCGGCGAGGAAGGCCGGUGAGAUCGUGGGCUUCCUGUGGAAUCUGCUCCCUCGCGUCGAAGACAUUGCUGAGGAAGCGGAGCUCCAGGAAAACCCAAGCAAAGAGCAGCGCGGCAAGUUUGAGUCGGGCCUUGCGCUGUUUCACCGGGCGCGGGUCUGUUCCAUGCUGGCGCUGCUGCUGAUCGGCUUUUCGCUCUUCACCGCCUGUUUCACGCUCCUCGGGCUGCAGCUCUGCCCGGAAGGGGUGAUCACGUUGAAAGGCUGCCUGGAGGUUCCCGCAGGCCUCCUGCCAUCAGAAUCGGAGGCUCGGCUGCUUGGCUGUCAGGUCCUGGGCAUCUGGACGUUGCAUGGGCGGAGACAGGAGAAUGCAGCCUGUGGAAGCCGAAGUGGAGCAGGCCCCAAGAGGAGCAGCUUGCGCAGAUGCCGUGGUUGCCAUCAGCGCUGCUGA